UGGAGGCGCAGCUUUAUUUACUUCAUGUUUAUGUACAAUCGUGACCUAUUUUAUAUAAGUCAAAUAAAGCUUGAUAUUGCUGUUGUAAGUCAGUUAGUGUCCACCUUGGUAGCUGCGGUCAGUAUUGCAAGUUGUAGUUGAAUGUCAAGAAUAUAAUAAACCAUAAAUAUAAGUUUCAGGAAGUCCCAAUGGCUGCAAGCAGGGAUCAUACAAUUUUUGUACAAAGUGACCUUUUUGAAAAAGGUUUUCCAGUCAUGGAAGAAAGAAGAAAGGGAAAGCUGUGUGAUGUUACACUUAAGGUGGAUGGUCAGUCCUUCACUGCUCACAAGCUUGUUCUGUCUGCCAACAUACCAUACUUCAAUGCCAUGUUCCUGCAUGACAUGGUGGAAAGCAAGCUAUCAGAAAUAGAGAUGAAGGAGAUUGACACCAGUGCAUUGGAAUCGCUCAUCAACUUCGCCUACAGCGGUCGGAUUCUCAUAAACAACAGCAACGUGCAGAACCUGAUGAUGGGUGCAGCGUUCCUCCAGCUGACGGCCGUCCGGGAUGCCUGUGCUAAGCACCUCAUCAAGGAGCUGGCGCCCGGUAACGCGCUGGGCAUCCGCAAGUUUGGCUGCGACCUGCACUGCACGGCGCUGGUGAAGGCGGCCGACGCGUACAUCCAGAAGCGGUUCGGCGCCGUCACCGAAGGCGACGAGUUCCUGCAGCUGGAGGAGCGGGAACUGCGCGACAUCAUCAGCAGGGAUGAGCUGCACGUCGAGUCCGAGGAGUUGGUGUUCGAGGCCGUACUGCGGUGGGUGAAGCACGACACCGAGCAGCGGCCCGAGUGUCUGGCCGGCCUGCUGACGCUGGUGCGCAUGCCGCUGCUGACGCCGCAGUACCUGACCGAUCACGUGGCCACCGAGCCCCUGAUCCGCAGCUCUCACCUCUGCAGGGACCUACUGGACGAGGCGCGUGACUACAUGCUGAUGCCGGAGCGGCGCGCGGCCAUGCGCAGCUUUACGUCACGUCCGCGCUGCUGCAUCGACAUCGUCGGUCUGAUGUACGCCGUCGGCGGCCUGGCCAAGAGCGGAGGAUCGCUGAGCACGGUGGAGGUGUUCCACCCGGUGACCGGCCGCUGGACCAUGGCCGAGAAGAUGUCCGGCAACCGGUCCCGCGUCGGCGUGGCCACGAUGAACGGCCGCCUGUACGCCAUCGGUGGAUUCAACGGCACCGACCGGCUCGCCACCGUCGAGGUGUUUGACCCCAGGUCACGCACCUGGGAGGAGGCCAAGCCGAUGAACUACCGGCGCAGCGCGCUGGGUGCUGUGACGCUCAACCACGAGAUCUACGUGUGCGGCGGCUACGACGGCAGCACGUCCCUCAACUCGGUGGAGAAGUACGACAGCAAGCUGAACCGGUGGACGCCCGUGACCUCGAUGAUUCGCCAGCGCUCGGCCGCCGGCGUCGUGGCCUUCGAGGGCAAGAUUUUCGUGCUCGGGGGUCAUGACGGUCUCUCCAUCUUCGAGACGGUGGAGUGCUACGACCCGCAGAAGGGCGUCUGGUGCUGCGGACCUCCGAUGCUCACCAAGCGGUGUCGGCUGGGCGCGGCGGCGCUCAACGGCAAACUGUACGUGUGCGGCGGCUACGACGGCUCCGUUUUCCUGCGCACCGUCGAGGCAUACGACCCGGUCACCAACAGCUGGAGUUACGUGGCGCCGAUGAACGUCACCCGCUCCCGCGUCAGCCUGGUGGCCGUCAUGGGCCGCCUGUACGGCAUCGGCGGCUACGACGGCUUCGCCAACCUCAGCACGGUGGAGGUGUACGACCCGCAGCGCGACUGCUGGGAGCCGGCCGCCUCCAUGUGCGCGCACGAGGGUGGCGUCGGCGUCGGCGUCAUCCCUGUGCUGGAGUGAGCCGCGCCGCCCUGGACAGAGACAGAGCCGCGCGCCGGCCCGACACCGCCACCUUCCGCGCGUCGCGGGCCGCGAACCACCGACCGCGAACCGCCGACC